CCCCGACCCCAGCUGGAAUUCCUGGCGGAGCCGGAGCCCAGCCAGUACCAGUGCCUGGAGUGCGGGACCCUGCUGGUGACGCCGGGGCAGCUCCUCGAGCACCAGGAGCUGCACCUCAAGCUCCUGGGGGCCGCCGGCACCCCCCCGGAGCCCCCCGCGCCCCCGGCGCCCCCCAAGGCGGCCGCGGGGGCCGCGGGCUCGGCCGGGAUCCACUUCGAGUGCCCCGAGUGCCGCGCGCUGUUCCAGAGCCAGGACUCGUGGCUGGCUCACCGGCAGGGCCACCGCGGCGGCCCCGGCGGCCCCUCGGGGCCGGGCCAGGCCCGGGUGGACGUGGAGCACUCGUACCGCAAGCCCGAGGAGGGCGAGGCCGAGCCCGGCGCCGGGGGGGACGCGGCGGUGCCGGCGGCGGCGCCGGCGGGGGCCGAGUCCCUUCAGCUGCUGCUCUACGAGUGCGGGGAGUGCCUGCAGCUCUUCCAGAGCCCCAAGGACUUCCUGGAGCACCAGGUCACCCACCUGGCCGCCGCCGCCGCCGCCGCCCCCCUUCCGGACGCCCCCGCGGCGCCGGAGCCGCCGCCGCCGCCGGCGGAGCCGCCGGAGCUCCGGUGCCCCGAGUGCCUGCUGCUGCCGCCGUCGGCGCUGCGGGAGCACCAGCGCCAGCGCCACGCCCGCGACUGCCGCUUCCUCUGCCUGCUCUGCGGGGCCGCCCUGGACACCGAGGCGGCGCUGGCGGCCCACGGCCGCGGGGCCCACGGCGGGGUGGGGGCCCUGCACCGCUGCGCCUGCGGCAAGGCCUUCGCCAGCAUGACCAAGUUCCUCUACCACCGCCGCUCCCACGGCGGCGUCGCGGCGCCGGCGACCCCGGAGGCCGUGGAGGUGGCCCCCGAGGCGCCGUCGGAGCCGCUGCCCUGCGGGCUCUGCCCCAAGUCGUUCCCCGGCGCGGCGGCGCUGGCGCGGCACCGGCGCUUCGUGCACCGCGCCGAGCGGCGGCACCGCUGCCCCGACUGCGGCAAGAGCUUCAAGAAGUCGUCCCACCUGCGCACCCACGUGCGCAGCCACACCGGGGAGCGCCCCUUCCCCUGCCGCGAGUGCGGCCGCGGCUUCCACAGCCGGGCCAACCUGCUGCGGCACCGCCUGGUGCACUCGGGGGAGCGGCCCUUCGAGUGCGAGCUGUGCCACAAGCGCUUCGCCCAGAGCUCCACCCUGCGCCAGCACCUGGGCACCCACCUGCGGCGCCUGCCCCACCGCUGCCCCGAGUGCGGGCUGCGCUUCCCCCGCCCGCACCGGCUGCUGCUGCACCGCGCGCUGCACACCGGCGAGUACCCCUACAAGUGCCCCCAGUGCGGCCGCUCCUUCCUCCUGCGCCGCCUCCUCGACGUCCACCUGCUGGCCCACGCCGGAGGGCAGCCCCUGCUGUGCCCGGGCUGCGGGGGGGCCUUCGCCUCGCCCGCCCGGCUGCGGGAGCACCGCUGCGGCGCCAGGGAGGGAGGAGGAGGAGGAGGAGGAGGGCGGCGGUUCGAGUGCGGCGUGUGCGGCAGGAAGGCGGGCACGGCCGCCCGGCUGCGGGCGCACGAGAGGUCCCACCUGCCCCCCGGCGCCCGGGACUCGCCGGAGCCGCGGGAGGACCCCGGGGAGGCGGCCGAGGCGACCCCGGGCCCGGCCCGGCCUCGGCCCAGGGGCACCAAGAGCCUGGAGUGCGGCGAGUGCCGGAAGCUGUUCAGCACCGAGACGUCGCUGGCCGUGCACCGGCGCAUCCACACCGGGGAGCGGCCCUACCCCUGCCCCGACUGCGGCAAGGCCUUCCGCCAGUCCACGCACCUCAAGGACCACCGGCGGCUG